GUAUACAAUUUGCAGAUUGUGUGCAACAAUUGCAAUUGAAAGAUAGAAAAUUGAUUCGUGAUUGUAAGACUAGAUGGAACUCGACUUUUGAGAUGUUAAGUUGUGCACUUAAGUUCAAAGAAGCUUUUAAGAUGCUACAAGAUCGUGAUCCAUUCUUUGACAGUUGUCCAUCGGAAGCUGAUUGGGAUAAUGUUAGCAAAGUUUGCUCAAUAUUAGAGGCUUUUUGGAUAGCAACUCACGUAAUUUCAGGUUGUGAGUACCCAACUUCAAAUUUAUUUCUUCAGGAAGUUCAAAAAAUCAAAUCAGCAUUGGAUGGUCGUGUAGAUGAUGAAGAUUCCUUUAUUCGAAAUUUGGUUCUGAUAAUGAAGAUGAAGUUUGAUAAAUAUUGGGGUGAGUGUAAUUUGUUGAUGGCUAUAGGUGCUGUAUUUGAUCCAACAAAAAAAAUGCUUGCAGUUGAAUUUUGUUUUCCUAGACUUUAUUCUAGUAAGGAAGCUGCAGAAAAUAUUUCAAAAGUGAAGGAGAUCAUUAAUACUCUUUAUGAAGAGUAUGUUGCUAAAUCAAUCAACCAAGGAAUUUUUACAAGUCCGGCAGGUUCUUCAAUGGCUUUUGAGAGCCAAGUCAGCCACCAAAGUUCUACACAUACUUGGGAUGAUUUUGAUGCAUAUUGUGCACAAGUUGAGACUGCAGAACCUAAAAGAUCAGAGUUAGUGGACUAUUUAGAAAAAGGGCGUCUUAAAAAGAAUGAGCUUCCUAGUGACUUUUCUUGUUUGGACUGGUGGAAGAUGAAUAGAAUGCAGUAUCCAAUACUGUCAAGAAUGGCGGCAGAUAUUUUAGCUAUACCUGUUACUAGUGUGGCUUCAGAAGCAACGUUUAGUGCUGGAACAAGGGUAAUUGAUUCUUAUCGUGCAUCAUUGUUACCGGAAACAGUACAAGCUUUACUUUGUGGGGGUGAUUGGCUUCGACAUAUACACGGAGUUACCAAAAAUAAAAAAGAUAAAUCGUACCAAGAAAUUUAUCUACCUUUAUCCAACUCAUGAAAGUACGAUGAAGACUUGUAGUUGAUGUGGAAUUGUCAGCUUGUAUGGACUAUUGAGUACUUUGAACUAUGCAGUUUGGACUUAUGAUGUAUUAUUAGUAAUGUAUGAGUACAAAAAUUAUUAUUAUUAUUUGAUGCAUCAUGCAUGUAGUUAAUUAAGUCAAAUUCGAGCUCCAACACGAGCUCGAACUCGAGCCAUGACGAGUCGAUAUUCGGCUCGAGCUCGAGCUCGAGUUCGAACAGUCGAGCCAAUCGAGCCGAGCUCGAGCUGCUCGAAAAUAAGACGAGCCGAGCUCGAGCUUCAUUUUUUGAGCUCGAUCGAACUCGAGCCGAGCUCGAGCUCUCAUGUUUCGAGUCGA